UGCAGGCAAAGCAACAUCAAUCGUAAUUCCGCAACUAGACAGUUUAGCAAGCACGGUGCCUGAAUUGUGUCUGUGUAUGCCGGAUACAAAUAACGAAAUGUCCGAAUGCUUCAUCGAAAGAAGUGUAAAGCCUGCACCCUUUCCGUGUUACAUCAAAUUGAGUGCUUGAGUGGCAAUCCACGGUGUUUGGCGUGGAGAGCAAAACCUUCUUGCACUUAUGUGCAAAUAUGGUGUGUGUACUUGCUCGGUACUGCUGACCCACAUUUAUGGAAGGAAGUAUACAUGCAAAGAGGUUAUCGUACAUGCUGGGGGAUAGGGAAUAUGUAUAAACUCUUUUGAAUUAUACGAGGAAAACUGCAAUGCAAUUUUUAAAACGCUGUGAGUUAAAAGUGAAGAAAUAUUCAAAUUAAGCUAUAUUUGUGAAUUUGAUAAAUUCGUAGCGAUUAACAAACUUUUAACAAUAUGUAUUUACUUCAAUAAGUAAAAUGUGAUGGCCAUAAAAGACAUCGCGACGAUGACAAGUGAAAAUCGCUUCAGAUUGUCAAAUCGGAGUUUCUAAUUUGCAAUUAAAUGCAAAUGGCUAGUGUCUACAUGCAUUCAAAAGUAAAAUGUGAAAUGGUUUUCAAAUGGGCAUCGAUUACGCAAGCAAUGGAAUCUAAGCUAAUUUGGAUAAUAGCUAUAUUUUAUUCAACCCUUCAGCAUAUCGGCUCAGCCUCAUCGCCAUUGAAACGUCCAAGAGCAGGAGAUCCGUUCGAUACAUUUCCAAAGAACUUUUGGCAAGAAUUCUCAUCACCUUUUACGGACACGCCAGAGGAUGAAGAGUCGGAAAUUACAGAGACUACAACGCAUGAACCCUUUCCGUUUUUUGCUGAUCCGUACACAACAGUAAACAUCAGCACGCAAUUGAGUUCAGAUGUGCAUCUUCAUUGCAGAGUCAACGAUUUGCAAGGAAAAACGGUGUCUUGGAUGCGUCGCAAAGGUGAUGACUUAGCCCUGAUAACAUUCGGUCGCCAUACGUAUAGUAGCGAUUCGCGGUAUUCCUUGGAGUUUGAAGAGCCAAACGACUGGAAGCUUUCGAUACAAUACACGAAUGAACAUGACGAAGGGCCGUACGAGUGCCAAGUCUCUUCACAUCCGCCUUUAGUAUUGUUAGUAUAUUUAACUGUAAUUGUUCCUCAUGUGGAAAUACUCGAUGAACGAGACUCAGCCACUCCAGAAAAAUAUUAUAAAGCUGGAAGCACUAUCGAAUUAAAAUGUGUAAUUUCCAAAAUACCACAGCCAUCAUCUUAUAUCACGUGGCGGCACGGUACCCGAAUGUUAAACUAUGACACUAGUCGAGGAGGAAUCAGUGUUAAGACUGAUAUGCUGCCGGGAAGAGCAUUAAGCCGCCUCUAUAUAGCAAAUGCUAAUCGACAAGAUACUGGCAACUAUACCUGCAUGCUUGGCAACGAUAUAUCUGGUACCGUUAUGGUCCACGUCCUAAAUGGUGAAGAACCAGCCGCCAUGCAACAUGCAUCUGGGGCUAACAUCUGUUCUCGAGUUUCGGUUGUGGUUGCUGCAUAUCUCGCGUCAAAAAUAUGUUCACGAUGACAACACUAACAUGAAAUACAUUUACUACUGAACUAACACCAACACCACUUGUCCAAAACAUUUUUCAUGUCUACUCGUACUUAAUAAUGGGUUGUUUUAGUAUAUAAAUAAAAUUAGGUGAAUAUGUAUGUAUGUAUAUAAGUGCCGUGUAUA